UGUGCGAGGCGGUGGUGUUUCAAUAGCCCUUUGGGGGUACCCCACAUAUAUCUGGGGUAAGAACGCACGUGCAUGGGAACCACCCCCUUGUAUCGGGCACAUGUGGAGCGCAUUAGUUCAAGCGGUUGGAGUCAAAUUGGUUGAUAUCAUUUGUCAUCUGCUCAUCACGACCAGUCUCAUAUUCAUAGUAAAGCGAUUUUAUUGCGCAGUGUUGAAGCGUUAUCGUAGCGCUCAGACCUGGAGAGAUGACUAUCCGCCCAAGAGCCUGAAGCUCUAUUUUCCCCCAAGACCGCAGUGACCAAAGUCGUCCCAAAGUAUAUACAAACACCUAGAUAUGCAGUCGUAACCUUAGAGUCGAACCAGAUCGU